AUGAAAAGACAUCGAAAAAUUGUCCCCGACCAAUCAACAAACAAUUAUUCACCGAUAUAUCAACCAUUAAGCGAUCAAUCACAAACAGAAACAUCUACACCCAUUGAGGACGUGUUUGAAGAGCAGGAUGCAGGUGAUGGCCCAGAAUGCUGGGAACAGAAUGAUACUUAUGAAGAGUAUACCGACUCUUCAAUGUUGUAUGGUCGAUGCCGUCUAAUGACUCACGGCGAGAAGUUAUCUUGGAAAUAUGACAAGAGCAAGUAUUCGACUAUACAUAGCUUUUUAAUCUCGAUACGCGUAUAUAUAAUUGUGCUUACUUGCCAUGCAUUUAUAUAUACUAUAUUAGACAUACAGCCAGAAUUACGUUUUCGUCCACCAUUAGGAUCAUCUCUUGCAGAUAAUCGCCGGUACUUCACAGACGAUUAUGGCCAUAUACCUGUAUGGUCAGAGUCAUACACGAGGCGGGCAGGGGGUGAUCACGGAUAUGGAAUAGAGGUAGUCGUAUAUCGUUAUGAUUAA